UUGGCAAUCAGUGUCUGUAGGUAUGGUAUGGUGCAAACCACUUCUAUAAGACUGACAGGAUUCUAAUCCUGUACUCACUCUGGAUGGUGAACAGAUAGAAGUAGUCGGGAAGUUCGUGUAUCUGGGUAGCUGCAUAAGUGCUGAUGGGGGUGUGAGUGGUGAGAUCAAUGCACGUAUAUUAGAAGUCAGAGCGGCUUAUGCCAAUCUGGGCCGUCUUUGUGUUAUGUUUCGUUAUUGCUUGAAUGCUAUUACUGAUGCGUCUUCGUGAUGUCAGUCUUGUUGUAAAAGGUCGGAUCUACAACGCGUCGGUGGGAGCAGUUUUGUUCUAUGCUUGUGAAACCUGGCCUCUCCGAGUUGAGGACGUUAGAAGACUCUCUGUGUUUGAUCAUCAUUGUCUCCGAAAAAUUGCUGACAUCCAGUGGCAACACCAUGUCAGUAAUGUAGAGGUUCGGCAUCGUGUGUUCGGGCACAGAGAUGAUAAUGCAAUCGACGUUCCCAUCUUGAAACAUCGACUUCGGUGGCUUGGACAUGUUCUACGAAUGUCGUCCCAGAGAAUUCCACGUCGUGCAAUAUUUGCCGACCAUGGGACUGGUUGGAAGAAGCGGAGAAGUGGUCAGUGCAUGACAUGGUGUCGUGGCAUGAAAGAAAGCUGCAAAGGACUGGCUUGUGUUGGUCCUUCACGACUCCCUGGUUGGGGUCCGAUAGAUGGUGCUACACAGUGGCUAGAGACGUUAUCAGAUAUGGCCCAGAAUAGAAGCCAGUGGCGAUCCUACUGUAACCUUCUUUUACUUUCUUCAUAAAAAGUGGUUGUCACCCUUAACUGAAAGAUUUCUUCUGAUUGUACCUUUCCGUUCCCUCAUUAUUACUAAACUACCUUACACCAAUCUCUUCGUUAUUGUCCUUUUUUACCCUCCUUACCUUUUUUCUUUUUCCUUCUCUUUAAAUUCUCAUU